UGUCGCAUCGCAACUUCCACAAUACCUUGCCGCAUCGCUCCUUCCUGAUUUCAGUCGCUCAAACACUCAAACAUCGCAUCCCUCACAUCAAAAUGGCCCCAACAUCAGGCAAAAAACGCACCACCAUGCGCGCCAAAGUCGCCGCAGCCACCCGCCCCGCAACAACAUCCCCUAACAUCACCACAUCUUCCUCUCACACAAAAGCCGGAAAGCGCGCCCUCAAACACGACACCCUCAUCUCCCGCAUCGAGAAGUCCCAAAAGAAACCUUUGAAACGACGUCGUCCGGGGAAGAAGUUAAACACCGCGUUGGACUCGCUGGCGGACGCAUUGCCAGAGUUGGAAGAAGAGGGCAGUGGAGAUGAAUGGGAGGGGAUAGAUGAGGAUGGUGACGCACAAGAUACAAUGUUAGGGGCAUUGCGCAAACAAGUGCGUAUGAGAAAGGCUAAACCGGUGGAUGGGAAGAUGAAAUUGAAGACGUUGAAGAGCAGGCCUGGUGCUUUGAAGAGGAAGCAGAAGAUGGAGGAGAGUGAGAAGGAGCGGUUUGGGAGGAAUUUGGCUAGUAUGAGUGUUCAGCCUGCUGCGGGUGCUGCCGCUGCUGGUCAGACGGAUGGGUCGGCGAACAGGUGGGCUGCGUUGAGGGGGUUUAUCGGGCAGACUUUGGAGCAGAAUCCUGGGUUCAAGAAGGCUUGAGAUUAUGAGAAUGAUGGAUGAG